GAGUGUCGGUCUCAUAUUGUCGUCGUGUUUCCUCGUGUUGGGGAAAAUAUUAAAUAAAAGUGUUUUUGGAGGUUUUCUUUGGCGUUGUGUGCCUAAACUCAAGCUGUGGCGUGGUCCGCAUCUGAAAAAACCUAAGUUCACAUCCCAUACGACACAGCUUUGCUUCUUUUCGGUUCGCAAAUCGAAGACCUUGGCAACAAGUAAAUUUCCCCUCUUUCCGACAAAAUGCAAAGCUUCAAGCAGAGAGGUACGAACAGGGGCAAUCAGCGCCGACCAAGACCAAACAGCAGCAACCAUGUUGGUGAAGCUGCUCCAGUUGUAAAGCGCGCAGAAGUUUUACCUCUGGACACAAGCAAUGAUGACAACGCCUGUGUGGUCUGUUUCAAGAACUUUGACAUAUACUCCAUUGGAGACUGCGAUCAUCCUGUUUGCUAUGAGUGCUUGACGCGAAUGCGGGUGCUGUGCCAGCAAAACGAAUGUCCGAUUUGUCGGCAUGUUCUGUCCAAGGUUCUGUUUACACUGGAGAAGCUACCGUAUCGGGAGCUGGAGGCAAAUAGCCGCUCGGACUUCUACAGUAAAAAGUAUCGCAUUGGCUUCUGCACAGCCGAAAUUCAGCAAAAGUUCUUUCAGCUGCUCGAUCAUCCUUGCCCAAAGUGCGAGGCGCCUCCAUAUCGGACGUUUGCAGGACUUCGCAAUCAUGUGCGGAGCGAGCACAACUUGCAUUACUGCGAUCUGUGUGUGGAAACUCUGAAGAUAUUCACCUUCGAGCGGCGAUGCUACACCCAGAGCGAACUGAGCUUGCAUAAUAACAAGGGCGAUCCAGACAAUCGCUCCCACCGCGGGCAUCCGCUGUGCGAGUACUGCAAGAAGCGAUACGUGGACAGGGAUGAGCUGUUCAGGCAUUUGCGACGGGAGCACUACUUCUGUCACUUCUGCGACGCCGAUGGCUGCAACGAGUUUUACAAUGACUAUAGCGAUCUGGCUGACCAUUUCCGGCAGAAGCACUUUCUCUGCGAGGAGGGAAAGUGCGCAACGGAGCAGUUCGUCGGAGCUUUUCGCAAUGAGAUUGAGUACAAGGCCCAUGUGGCCAAUAUGCAUGGCAAGUCGCUGAACAAGCAGCAAGCCAAGCAAACGCGCACUCUACAGCUUGAGAUUACACUUGGACCGCGCGGACGCAGCGGACAGAAUGAACAGGGCAUGGCCAAUAUGAGAUCGCGAAAUGAUGAAAACCACGACUAUUUGGAUGAUUUUCCAACGUCGACAUCGCAGCGCGGCCAUGCUGUCAGCAUCGAUGCUGGCAACGAGGAGCAGUUUCCAACGCUACGUGGCGCCUCCACAGGUCCCAGCGUAUCGUUGGUGAGGCCCCCGCCGCCUUCGAUGCGCAAUCUCAGUGGCAGCUCAGGACUGGCACGGACAAAAGAGAACUUUCCAGCCCUUGGCGAGGGCAUCAGAAGUGCUGUAGCAGCUAGUAGUAGCAAUCUAGCGGCCAGAGCUGCUCAGUCCCAACAUCCGGUGGCAGCUGUCUUCAAGAAGUCGGCGAACGCUGUCUCUGGUGCCAAUCGAUCUGUUCCGGCCAAUAACGGAAUGCUUUUGCAUGUAUCAAAUCGUCCAUCGGCGACAAAGAAGCCAGCGACUCCGCAAUUCGAUUUCCCCGCUCUGCCUCUCGGCAAAGGAAAGAAGAACAUGCGCAAUUUGGAAGAGGAUAUGCUGCCUAGUACCUCUACCGUGCCCAUGACGAACCUUUCGGCCAAGCAUCGCACUCUGGUCGAUGACUAUGUGUCGGUGGCCAAUCCGAACACCUAUCACAAGCUCCAAAUGGUUCAAAAAGAGGAAUCCGAAGCUAAGGCACGAGCGGAGGCAAUGAAAAAGAACGCUCCAAAGCUAACAUCAGCCGAGUUUCCCACCCUCGGACCAUGUGCCAGCACCAGCAGGGCGGCCGCAUCAAGGCCAAGCAACGGAUCGGCUGCUUCAUUAAAUUGGUCCAAACCCACAUCGGAGAAAAAACAGCGAGAGCUAGAGAAUCGCAAGGCGAAGGUUGCACCUCCACCAGUGCUGCCGAUCCCCAAGAGCGUUCCAAAGGCCAGCAACAACAACCAAGAGCAGCAGGCAAACAAAAAGGAUAAAAAACCAAAGGAUAAGAAGAACAAUCAGGAGAACCAACCGAAGGGCGGCCAACCUAAGCAGAAGGAGAAGAAUAAUAAUAGCGAACAAAAGCCAACACCCAAUGGCACUGCAUCGACUCCGGCGCGUACUCCACCUGGACUCGGUGCUGGACCACCACAUAUAAAUGGCAAUAUCUUCUAAUUUUACUUUGCAUCUUUAGAAUCUGGUCGACAAGUUCAGAGAGAUACUUAAGACGCCAGAGGCACUGAACGAAUUUAGAUCGUUUUCUUUCAAGUUUCGGGAUGGCUCCUGCAAUGGUCAAGCGUACUAUGAGCACUGCCAGUGUGCAAUGCUGGAUUCAUUUCACGCCCUGUUUCCCGAACUCCUUGUGAUGCUGCCCGACAUAAGCAAGCAACAAGAGCUCUAUUUGGUGUACAAGCAGAAUUUGAGCCAAAUAUCACCCGCCCAGCGCAUUUCUCUACCCAGCCUAGAAGUGUGCGCCGUUUGCAAGCAAGUCCUUUUGGCUGGCGAUAUGGGUAUCCAUCGGAAGGCGCAUGAAUUAUCGCAGAACUUUCCCAAGCUAGGAAGCACAUCCCCGAAUCUACAACGUCACUAAGAGUAAACAGCAGAGGACAACAAAAGCUUUAUCCUGUAUAUUUUUAAUGUAUAUAUUUGAAUGGAUCAUCCACUCGACACGCCCCUGAAUAUGUUGUAUAUGAAAAUCAAAAUUUAAAGAUAGUCCUUUUAUGAUUUGGAACAAUAAGUGGACUGUUUAUGUGACGUUGCAAACGUUUCAUAAACCCAAAGUCCUGGCAGUAAUUGCGUUUUUAAAUUUUAACUAGUGAGCUUGUGUGUCAGAAAUACCCGCAACCGAAUAUAGUGCAAAUCAAUAAAGUCGUAAUGGUAAUCAGCCCACAGAAA